GUUCAAAAACGUACUCCAUCAUGUCGUCGAGGCAAGGCGGUAAGUUGAAACCAUUAAAGGCACCAAAGAAAGAUAAGAAGGACGAAGAUGAGGAGGACAAGGCUUUUAAAGACAAAAAGAAGGCAGAUGAAGCUGCAGUAAAGGCAGCGAGGGAUAAAGCUCUGAAGGGUGGCGCUCCUGGAGGAGGUAUCAAGAAGUCUGGAAAGAAGUAGAUACUGUCAAUAUUCAGAUUGUUCUGGCGUAGCGUGUUUCAUCUUUGAGCGCUUCCAUUGAAUGAACAUUUACUUGAUUGUCAGACGCUCUGUCUGUGAAGAUCGUUA